AUCGCGCAUCUACCCACAUUCUCGGCGUGUUCGAGGGAUACGACAAGAAUUUCCAGCAUCUACACGCCUCGAUUCGCGACGGAAUGGCGGCGAUGACCAAGGCGGGGGCCGACAAAUUGAAGCAGAUCAACGACAAGGGCCACUACGACGAGGGCAAAGCGGUGGCGGAUGAGAUGACGGCACUCUCCGCCGAUUUCGAGAAGCCAUGCGAGGAGUACAUGCCCGUCGCCCGCAAGUUCAACGACCACCUCAUCAGCUACAAGGAGCGCAUCGAGAAGAAGGAA